CUCCCACUGUAAUAGUCUAUAAAAUCUCCAUAAACCACAGGUGAUCAUAAGAGCCAAGCACACUCUCUUAACAUCCCUUCAGCUGUGUCGUGCAGGAUGGCUGAAUCGUACGUGAGACACGUGGAACUGUUAGGCUUCGAGAAACGAUUCUUCCCCAGCCAGCACUAUGUGUACAUGCUCAUGGUUAAGUGGAGUGAUCAAUCUGAAAAGCUGGUGUACAGACGCUAUCCAGAAAUCCAUACAUUUCAUAAAGCUUUGAAGGAAAUGUUCCCAAUUGAGGCAGGAGACAUUGACGGCAAUGACAGAAUCAUUCCCACAUUACCAGCUCCCAAAUGGCUUGACAAUCAGAAGACGACAGAGACGAGGCAGGUGACUCUUGCCGAAUACUUUCAUUCUCUUCUCAACCUGCCUCCUAAGAUCUCCCGCUGUCAUCUUGUAUGUGACUUCUUCAAAAUGCGGGCUGAAGAUGAAACUCCACCAGCACCGCACCCAUACAAAAGAAAUGAGACCUUCAUUAUGUCCACAAACAGAGCACGGGGCAACACCACAUCAGAAAUCACCGGGCCCAUCAUGCUCGAAAGCUACAGAGUGAUCGCAGACUACAGCAAGAGCUCAAAGUAUGAGCUCUCUCUAAAGAUGGGAGACAUGGUGGACAUUGUGGAAAAAAGCCCAAAUGGCUGGUGGUUUUGUCAGUGUGAGUCCAGGAGAGGCUGGGUGCCAGCUUCAUACUUAGAGCCUCUGGAUGGAGCAGAUGAUUCAGACGAACCAGAGCCUAAUUACACAGGAGAGCUCUACAAAACCACUAAAGGGUAUAAAGCUGUGGAAGAGGAUGAGUUGACUCUCGAGGCAGGAGAGACGAUCGAGGUCAUCCAUAAACUUCUUGAUGGGUGGUGGGUGGUCAGGAAAGGAGAAGAUACGGGCUUCUACCCAUCCAUAUUCCUGUGCAGGACUGGAGAGAGGAAAGAGGUGGAUGCGGAGAAGGACGUGGUCAGAAGAGCAACACCACCACCAAGAAGGUCUACCAUACGCAACGCCCAGAGCAUCCACGCUAAGGGACGCCAGCGAAUCACUCAGGACACCUAUCGAAGACAGAGCCGAAGGUACUUACAGCAGCGAGGAAAACUGAACUCCCAAUCCAGGAAUGGGACACGAUCUCCACUGCAGGAGAGGAAGACAAACAGAGAGAACAUUGCAAACUCAGGCUCUCCUCAAGCAGAAGAUCAGGAUGAAAGUGUUCCCGUCAUUCCUCCUCGGCCCAGUCCUCAGCUCAUUCUGGAGCGCUGCACUGAGAACACAUGCAAGAGAGUCAGCAUACAUGAGGCCAACUGAAGCGACGUGUUAAAUCUCAACUUGAAUCUGUUAAAAAUGGUCACAGGCAUUCGGAUACUUGUUUAAACAAAUGCUCUGUUCAUUCCUGCUUAGGCCAGAACCUGUUAUAAGCUAUGUGUAUGACAUUUUGUUUAUGUCCUCAAGCCAGCUAUAUAUAUUCCAGUAUGCAUUUAGUUUAUGUCUCUAUUGUUGAUGUUUUUGUAAACAGUGACAAAUAAGUAAAUAAACCAUAUAAAUCAAA